AUGGUGACUUUCAUAUCCAGCUCGGAUGGCAUGGUUGCGGACGACAAAGAGUCACUCUCAGCCUCGAAACCCCAACGAGAGGUCCAACAACAUUGUCGCAAUCAAAUCGUCAAGAGAACACCCACCAGGCACGGGCUGGAAGUGGGGCCUCGGCCCGUACCGUCCAUGGAAUUAUCCGAACUACCAUGA